AUGUUAUUAGAGGACUCAUAUGAGUGUCCUCAGUCUCCGGGGGCUGAGAGUCGUACGUCAGCCCACAAGGAACGCAUCGCAGCCUUGGAGAGACAGCUCAACAUUGAGCUCAAAGUCAAACAGGGAGUUGAAAAUAUGAUCCCUGUUUACUCCAAUGGAUCCACCAAGGAUAAGAAGAUGCUGCAGACGGCGCAGCAGAUGCUUCAGGACAGUAAGACCAAGAUCGAUAUCAUCCGCAUGCAAAUUCGAAAAGCUGUUCAGGCCACGGAGCAUAAUGACGACACACAGGGUAACCAAGACGUGUGCGGGAUGGAGCUGCGUAUCGAAGAGCUGAGACAUCACUACAGGGUGGAGCAUGCUGUUGCUGAGGGGGCCAAAAACGUCCUCAGGCUCCUGGGGGCCAGCAAAGUUCAGGACAAGAAAGCUCUGUCUGAGGCACAGUCUCGUCUGAGCGAGGCCUCCCAGCGUUUGGACCUGCUAAGAGAUUCUCUUGACCAGCGCCUGGCAGAGCUGCCAGAGGACCAUCCAAAGGCCAGCAUCAUCAAAGAGGAGCUGGUCUUGGCCUCCUCACCUGCCUUCAGCUCCCGCCACGGCGCCCCCUACCUUCAAAACCAGUAUACUACCCUCAGCAAGCCAUCGCCUCUCACUGGUACAUUACAAGUGCAGCUGCUAGGCUGUGUUGGGUUACUAGAGGUGGUCCCAGGGCGCAAUAAAGGGACACCUCUCAUGCUGCCCUGCUACAGCCCCGGAGACACGCGGUCCUUCAUGAGGGGCAGCAAGGGGCUCUACGGACGCAGUGGCUCCGUCAGCGGGAAGACGCCAAGCAAGACAGAGGAGCUCUCCUCUGAGGUGAGUGCGGUGCUGAAGCUGGAUAACACAGUGGUGGGUCAGACUGCUUGGAAGACUGUGGGAGAGCAGGCCUGGGACCAGACGUUCACUGUGGAGCUUGAAAGGUCGAGGGAGAUGGAGAUCGCAGUUUACUGGAAGGACUACCGCUCGCUGUGCGCUCUUAAGUACCUGAAGCUGGAGGAGUUCCUGGACAACCAGAAGCACAGAGUUCAGCUGGAGCUGGAGCCUCAGGGCCUGCUGCUGGCUGAGGUGACCUUCUUUAACCCAGUUAUUGAGAGAGUCCCGCGCCUGCGGAGGCAGAAGAAAGUCUUUUCUAAGCAACAAGGCAAGGCGUUCCUCCGGGCUCGUCAGAUGAACGUGGAUAUCGGAACGUGGGUGAGGCUGCUUCGAAACGCCAUCCCCACCGUCAACAACUCAGGAACCUACAGUCCCAACGCACAAAGCCUCACACUCAACUCUGGGGAGAUCUCAGUGGAAAAGUUGAGUCUGGACAGCGACUCUCCAAUAAGAGGCGAUUACAAGAGAGACAUGGACAUUAACACUCCAGUGAGACCGAUGGAGCGAGAGGAAACCCGGGAGUUAGGGGAGGACCAACAUCUAGUCAUCGAUCCCCUCUCCCCCCGAGACCUCACCCCUGAGUCCCCUGUCCGAACCCAUUCAGUUAGCAGCAAGCAGAAGAAAGGUCCGCUGUCCCUCCGGGACUUCAGGCUCAUUGCUGUUUUGGGUCGUGGACACUUUGGGAAGGUGUUAUUGUCCGAGUACAAGAAGACCGGCACGAUGUAUGCCAUCAAAGCCCUGAAAAAAGGAGAUAUCGUUGCUCGGGAUGAGGUGGAUAGUCUGAUGUGCGAGAAGCGCAUCUUUGAGAUCGUCAACAUGUCGCACCAUCCCUUCCUGAUCAACCUGUUUGCGUGCUUCCAGACACCAGAGCACGUGUGUUUUGUUAUGGAGUACACAGCAGGAGGCGACCUGAUGAUGCACAUCCACACAGACGUCUUCACAGAGCCACGGGCCGUGUUUUACGCAGCCUGUGUGGUUCUCGGACUUCAGUUCCUCCACGACCAUAAGAUUGUGUACAGAGAUCUCAAGCUCGACAACCUGCUGCUAGACACAGAUGGUUAUGUGAAGAUCGCUGACUUUGGACUCUGUAAAGAAGGAAUGGGUUUUGGGGACCGGACCAGCACCUUCUGUGGGACUCCAGAGUUUUUAGCCCCCGAGGUCCUGACAGACACGUCUUACACCAGAGCCGUAGACUGGUGGGGCCUGGGGGUCCUCAUCUAUGAAAUGCUGGUGGGAGAGUCUCCUUUCCCAGGGGAUGAUGAAGAGGAGGUGUUUGACAGCAUUGUGAAUGAUGAAGUCCGCUACCCACGCUUCCUCUCCACUGAGGCUAUUGGCAUCAUGAGGAGGCUGUUAAGGAGGAACCCAGAGAGAAGAUUGGGAUCUGGUGAGAAGGAUGCAGAGGAGGUGAAGAAGCAGCCAUUUUUCAGAAGCAUGGACUGGGAGGCGCUGCUGCAGAAGAAGUUGCCCCCUCCCUUCGUCCCGUCCAUCGGCGGCAAAGAAGACGUCAGUAACUUUGACGAGGAGUUCACCACCGAACCUCCGACACUCACGCCCCCACGUGAGCCCCGUGCGCUCUCCCGCAAAGACCAGGACAGUUUCCGGGACUUUGACUACGUCUCUGACCUCUGCUAGUGGACCCGAAGCCAACAGAUCUCGAGGAACGUUGGAUUUCGACGGCUUCGCGACAGUUUCAGCCAGAGCACAGAGAUAUGUCUCAAGCUGACUGUCCGCGCUCGUCUGUCGCUUCUUGUUACACUGUGAAUGAAUGAAACUGAAGACGAAGAGACUGUGUUUUGUGUGUCUGCAGAGUUUUAAAGAUCAUGGACUGAGCAAAUGAAAGCCUGGACAGAUAUUAGUUGGGGUUAUAAUGUUUUAUCACAAACAAAGGCCCCCCUUUCCAGUCAUUGUACGAAACUGCAGUGGGUUUUGUAUCUUGCAGACUUUUAAAAGUCUCUUCCCGUCGUCUUAGACGUCUCGGCAGUCGCCAGUGCAGCUGUGAGAGGAGGAGCUUGCUGUAUUUUUGUACUUUUGACUGUUUAGGGGGUUGCUCAGUGGCCUCUCAUACCAAUGCCUUACAUUUAUACUUGUAUUUGUUCCACAGAAGAAAAGCAUUUUGUUUUACUUUGUGGCCCUUUGUGUACAGCAGCAGGGCGAGGAGGGAUACAGUGUGCUGCAGAAACUCCUCUAUGUUUUUGGAAGAGAAAAAAAAGACACUCAGAGCUGAUACCCAUCAGUCUUUUGACUGCUUUUAGGUGUAUUAUUAGUUAACUAAUGGGUAAAGAACCACUGUCCUGCUUCACUGCAGUGGACCUUCCUUUGGAUGUCCACCAACUACUUUUUAAACUUGGGCUGCUCGGAUUUUACAAGAACCGUUGACUCGUCCUUUUUAGUUGAAUGUUUGGGUUUUAGGAAGAAUUUGAUAUAAAUAUGUAGCACACAGACACACACACACACACACACACACAACCGUCAGCAUAAAAGCUUUGUGGAAAACAUUUAUUAUUCCAAAAGCAAAAAUCUGAACACUAAACUGUGAUGUACAAGUAAUAAACUGCUCUUUAUGGGUUUGGAGACACGUUCAUCCAGUCACCUGAAUGCUACCAGAGUUUUGUGAACAUGAAGUAAGUGAUUUCCCCCCGAGGCGAUUAAAUCUUUAACAUCACUGGCUGUAAAAGUUGUUUUAGUGUCUGUUUUCGGCGCUUAAGCCCUGACAGGUUACGCUCUGGCUGCUGCGGUCGCUGUGGCUGUUUCCAAAACUUGUUGAUGUCUAAGUACUUGUGGAAACUCUGCGGGGCGCCAUAAGCAAAACAAACAUGAGCUGCUUUUCCACAGUAGAGCCAAUUAGAGAGGCGAGAGCUCCAAUUAGAGGCGAGAGCUGACGUAGACCUCUGGUAAUACCUUUGAUGAUAUCUGUAGGAAAACCAUGAGCCAACAGUGAAAACCUGUGUAACACACAAGAGCAGUGGUUUGUUGUUAAGAUGUAUGUGCGGUGGUAUGGAUUUUACCUGUCUUGUGUACAACAGUACAGAACCAUGUGAGUAUGAGAUGACAUAUUUUAUAAAGAAAACCGUGAGUGAA